AUGGUAUACGCAACAAAUCCUUCUGUCAUUGGAAGACACUGCUUCUACGAUACCUCGAAUGAUAAUGGAGAGAGGCUAGUAUCCCUAUGCGAGGAACACAGGCUAAAGCCAGCACAAACCAGAUUUCCGCAGCCACAGUUACGUCGCUGGACAUGGAUGCACCCCACCGGGUCAAAACACCAACUCGACCACAUUCUCAUCAAUGGAAAGUGGAUAAAUUCAUUAAGGAACUGCAGAGCCUACAACACCGUGGAGCUGGACUCAGACCACCGAGUAGUCAGCAUCAGCCUGGUAUCCAGUCUGCGGGCACCAAAGCGACAACCCUGCAGACGAGCAAAAUUCAACUGGGGAAAACUUCAAGACCCCGCUACCAGGGAACAAUUCCAGGUUGAGCUCUUGAACAGAUUUGAAGCUCUGCAGUGCAACAGCCCAUCAUUACCCAUCAGCGAGCGGUAUGAAGGGUUCGAAAAUGCUGUAAACGACAUCGCAACAAGCGUAGUAGGUAAACGCAAGAAGACCGACCUGCCAUGCUGGGUAUCAAGUGAAACCAUCGACCUGAAGCAAGAAAGAGAUGAAGCCAAGAGGAGGUACAUGAUAUCUAAGUCCCGGCAGGCCAGAGCCACCUGGCGAUCCCUUAACGACAAGCUGAAUGCGUCCUACCAGGCUGAUGAGUCCAGAUCCUUGGACAAGCAGCUAGAGGAGCUGGAGGAGGCGAACAAGAGAGGCCAGUAUAGUACGACCUGGAAGUUGAUCCAUGCCCUCUCUGGGAAAAAUCAGAACUCGGCCACCAAGGUCAAGAAACUCGAUGGAACACAGCCAUCAAACGAGAACGAGCUCCUUGAAGAAUGGGGAAAGUACUUCAGCUCCUUGCUUAACAACAACACAGGACACACAUCAGACAAUCUCCCACCCCCAGCUGAUGAAGACCUACCAAUAUGCACCGACCCACCAACACGGAGGGAGACAGAGAAAGCCAUUGCCGCGAUGAAAAAGAACCGUGCCGCAGGUCUGGAUUGUGCCAUAACCGCAGAAGCUCUCCAAGGAGGUGGAGCCCCAAUGGUUGAAGUCAUCCACAAGUUCUGUGUCGAGGUGUACACAACUUUGCAGCCCCCCAAACAGUGGACUACAAACAUCAUCGUUCCUCUGCCCAAGAAGGGAAACCUAUCCAUGAUGACCAACUACAGGGGAAUCAGUCUCAUGUCCAUCGCUGCCAAAGGUCUACAACAAUAUUCUUUUCAAUAG